AUGAUGUCGACACUUAAAGAUAGUAAACACUUUGCCUUCAACGGAACCAAAUCGUCAAUAGCCUCGAGCUCAUCUUCAACUACUGAUUUCGAUGAUUUAUUGCCUGACUUGUGGCAAACCAGUUCCAAUGAGUCCGAUAUAAAGCAUAGUUCACAGAGUUUAUUUAAUAGUCCUCAUCACUACUUAUUCCAGCAGCAACCUCAACAGAAUUGGUUUAACGUGUCUGUUUCGCCAGCAAACUCCGUGUCAUCUCCCUUGAGAUCAACAUCAAGUUUAUGGGAAGAUCCGCCAGCUGAACAGCAACAACAACAACCACAGCCAAUCUUCUAUUUACCACAAGACGAUGACUUGUUUAACUUUGAGCAAGUCCACCAUCCCCAACACCACACCAAGACUCAAAUCAAUACACAAUUAUACAAGACCGAGUUGUGUGCUUCGUUUAUGAAGACGGGAGUUUGUCCUUAUGCAAACAAAUGCCAAUUUGCACAUGGCGAGAAUGAAUUGAAACACGUUGAAAGACCUCCCAAAUGGAGAUCGAAACCUUGUGCAAACUGGACAAAGUACGGCAGUUGUCGUUAUGGUAAUAGAUGCUGUUUCAAACACGGCGAUUAA